AUGUCGUACUUCCUGCCUUCGUUCUUCCAGAAACGGCUCCUCAGAUAUGCCUUGUCCCGCCUGGAGAUCGUCGAUACAGAUGCACUGGAUUUGGAUAGCCUGGGUAUAACAUGGGGUCAGCGAAGCACAUUUGAGUUGAAGGAUGUCGGUCUACGGUUAGAGAAACUAACAUCGACCAUACAACUCCCACCUGAGUUCAUAAUAACCAAGGCCCGCGUUUCGGUGGCACGUGUGACUAUACCUGCAGAUAUCUAUGCCAGCGGCAUCAUCAUCGAGUCUGAAGGAAUCCAGCUUGAUCUGAAGCAUGUUCCAAGCAAGCAUGACAGUAGAGCACAGGAGAAGAAACAAGAAGGCCAUGCGGGAGGUUCUGGCCAAGGAGAUGGUCAUGAAAACAUCCUACCGUCUACAACCGAUCUCGCCCAGUCGUUCCUAGAAUCCGAACCCGUUGAAGAAACCGCAGAGCUCGAGGCGGCGCUGACAUCUCAGUCCUCCCAAUAUAUCCAGCAAUCAGAUAUCCUUAGUGACGAUGGAUCUGAAGAAUCUGCGCUUGGGUUGCAUGAUGGUGUCACUUUGCCCGGAUUCGUUGCCGGCUUUAUACAAGGGGUCAUAGAUCGACUACAGCUAAAAGUUAAAGAUGUUUCCGUAAGAGUGGCCAUGGAGGUGCAGCAGGAUGCUUUCCAGAAACCUUUAUCGUCUGUGAAGAUGAAGCCGAUAACUGCCAUGUUAAGCCUCGGCGAGGUUUCCAUUGAUGGCGUUGCGCCGCCAGGAUCACAGGACCCAACACUGAAAGCAGGGAAACGUCGGAUGGUCUUUUCGCAACUCCAUGCUUUGCUAGUUUCUGAUGAGACUUUAUUCUCGAAUUACUCUCGCUUUUCUCCCCCGGAUUUGGCAUCUCCUAUCUCCAGGGGAAGUCUAUCAAAGCAAGAAUCGAUGCGGAGUCAAUCUUCGCUAGCAUCAAAUCUUGGGUAUGGCAACCCCUUGGCACAAUCUACGAUCCUGGAACGAUCAUCUAUACUUGACGAGCCACUUGAACAAUCGGAUCAACUUGAACAGUCUCAGAUCCUGCAAAAAUCCGUCUCCUCGUCAAGUGAUGGUAGAUUUGACGAUGCCGAUUCUGAUAUGGAGGAAGAGCCAGAGUAUAGGAUCGAGCCGCAAGUCCGACCUUCUCGGCUCCCUGACAUUCAAUUCAACGAAGAUGGAAUGGGCGCCUCUCUAAACGAGGCCCUUGAGUCUAGUAUCACAACUGAUACUUCAGAUUCGGCUUCCUUACCGUCUGGAUCCGCUAGCGAUAUCGCACACUCAACGACACAGCUUCCUGAACAUCAAGUUAUACCCGAUAUUGAAACAUACGAGGAGGACCGCCAUGUUUCGAGCCAUAACUCGCCAGAUUUAUCCAUGUCAGUGUCAACGCAAUCGUUCCAUUCACUUCAAGGGGAAGAAGAGGAAGACGAGGAAGAGGACGAACCCUCGACUCCAAUCGCCUCCGGAAAUCCAGGCCACUGGGCAGAAGCGAACCCUGAACAUGACGAGAUGCAUCAAGACUCGAGCCCAGCUUCUCCGGAUCGCCAAUCCCGGGAAUCUAGCAGUAGUCCUCCAGCGUCCGCGCAUCCAGAUGAACUGUCAGAGUCCAAGAUAUUCUCGCCUGAGGAGGCUCGCAGUAUGUACUUGAGCGUCAUGAGUGAUGAGUCUGCAGGGUCUAAUAUAAUGGGUAACAUGCCGGGUGCGUGGAGCCAUCACGGCUCGGAGAGCGCCGUUGGGGAAUCAGAGAUAAAUGAUGCUAGCAAUGCCGCUGUCCAGGAUGGCGAGGAGCAGUCUGGCACCACGCCUACCGGGAGUGUCGUAUUUGAGCCAGUGCCUGACGAGGGUACUGGGUCAAAGAACCUGCCUGGCCUUGAUGGUUCCUCCCAAGAACAAACUAGUUCCCUCAGAAUUGAUCCAACCUCAGACGUUGUCAAAAAUUUACUCGAAAUUGACCAAAUAAUUGUCUGGCUGCCUCCUUUGGGUAGGGACUCUACCGAGGAGCUAUCGGCCGAGGCACAAAUCGAUCCUAUUCAGCGUAUGCGGGAUUCAUCCUUGGGCUCAGGGCAGUCCUCAGCAGCCCCAAAUUCUCCAAGAAUACACUUUUCAGAUAGGGUUCGUCGGGACUCGGCUUCCUCUGCCUCAAUGUCUUGCCAUCGAUCCAGUAAUGCUCAUAUUGACGAAGAUAAUGACAUUUUGAAGAACAUGAGAAAAGUGAAUGCCGUUGAAAUUAACGUUUCAUCCAUCGGAGUCAACCUCGAUAUUGCUUGUGGUUGGCUCUUGGGAAAGGUUGGCCAGAAUAUCGCCCAGUCUCUCAAACCCAGUACAAAAGCCAGUAAAGCAACCGUGGAAACCUCAAAAUCUGCCGUUGAGGAGAGCCAUCCAGUUCCGAUUAUUGUCGAUAUCUUGAGCUGCUCUAUAAAGCUACUAGAACAUCUUCCUGGUCACUCCUAUUUGCCCUGGAUGGCAAAUUUAAUAUCCAACUCCCCUAAAACUGACCUGGAAGAUGCCAUGUUACAUAUUGAUGUUACUGGUAUUGGAUUUCAGUCAUUAACGGCGGAGGGGACGACGAAAACGCGCAUCAAUAUUCAGAAGUUCAGAGUCGGCCACUUAUCUGAGGAUAUUAUAUCCUUUGACGAGGGCCUGAAAAUGCGUGAAUCUACAAGAGAUAUCCUCUCAAACUCGAGUAAUGAUAUAUCUCUUAGCAUUGUUAAAAGCCCUGAAGUUUCUCGUCUUACCGUCAAUACCCUUCCAAUCCAUCUCUCGCUAAACCUGCAAAGACUGGAUGAGACACUUAACUGGUUUGGCGGGUUAAGUACCAUCAUCGAACUCGGUAAUUCUAUUGCUUCUGCUACCACAGUUAGAGGUGACUCGCCAGAUCCUAGCCGUCGACCACGAGCGGUGCAUUUCGCACAGCCUUCUGUCGCCUCUAAAGAGCCACCAAGCACAAGUUUAACUACUUGGAAAGUGAAUUCCAGAAUUGGCGGUGUGAUCAUUCGGGUGCUUGGAGAGCAAUGUAGUGUUAAUCUCGAGACCUCAGCAGUAAAGCUGGUUAGCAGAUCGGGGCUUAUUGCAGUUCAAGUUGACAGGGUGAGGGUGACAGGGCCCCAUUUUCAUCACAGUAACCCUGCAGUCCGCACAACCUCCCCGGCCCUGGUUGCACUUGAUAAUGUCCGAUUGGAAUUCCUGUUUACUCCGAACGAAACCGAUCUGGAUCGCCUAUUGACGCUCCUAACUCCAUCAAAGAACAAGUACGACGACGAAGAUGAUAUCAUGAUUGACACGCUACUCCGACAACGGCGUCAAGGCUCUGUUCUUAGAUUAACAAUUGGAGGGUUAACAGCGAACAUUUAUUCUCUACCUGCAUUGCAGCCUUUAUCACGUCUUGCUGAGGAGGCAUCGAAACUCUCCAGGGUUGCUAAGUAUCUUCCCGAGGAUGACAGGCCAGGGAUGCUUGCAUUAACGUUAGUUCGAGAUCUUGAAGUUAACGUUACUGUUGGAAAGAAGGUUGGCAAAAUUCGACUGCAGUCAAGAGAUGUUGAAGUUGGCUACGUUAGUUUUCCGUCGCUACUUGCUACCCGGGUCUCAACUGUUGCUAUUUUUCGAAACGAAACUGAAGAAUUGCUUGGACAAGCUGUUCUCCGAAAAUCCGGCGAGAAGGAACUCGAGAGCGCAUUGCCUAUGGUUAUGGUGAGAUACAUAGCCGAGGAGUUGGAGCCAACUAUCAAAGUGAAACUUUUCAACACUCGCAUUGAAUAUACGGUCGACUCUAUAGUAGCAAUCAUGGAUCUUCAAGAGGGCAAAGUGUCUGCAGAAGACAUCGCCGCCAAUAUGGCACAGUCAGUGGUCAAUUUUGCUGAACUACCGAUACACCAUGGGGCAGAACUUGGUUCUUCAAACCAUGCCUUAGCAUCUGCGGAGCCUUCUUGCGAAAGCACCACCCCACUAAGAGUGUCUGCCACCCUGAAGGAUUGUCUAAUCGGUCUUGCUCCUCGCAAUUCUCCUGCCAAGGGUUAUGUGGUAUUAACGAGUGUUGAAUUCCAUGGAAUAAUGCAAAACGAGCUCCGUUCCGAGGCCACUUUGAAAGUUGCCAAGGCAUCAAUGAUGAUCGUGGACAUAGCAGAGGAAAGGGAGCCGACGAGAACGAGUAGCCGCCGUAAACGAUCUGCCACCUUAAGUCCUCAAGUCCAAAGGCUAGAAGAGUUAGGCUAUGUUUCCGUCUGCGAUACAUCUUCUGCCCAAGUCUCCGUUAAAAUAAUGCAGCUGAAAGACGAUGGCCAAAAGUCCCUCGAUGUGGAACUAAGGGAUGAUCUUUUAAUACUCGAGACCUGCGCUGACUCUACACAAACCCUCAUUGCAAUCCUCAGCGGGUUAUCACCGCCUACGCCACCCAGUGAGGAAAUUAAGUACCGCACCGAAGUUAUGCCUAUAAAGGAUUUGCUCCAAUCCUUUGCUGGUGAUUCGUUUGACGCGAGGGGCAAGGAUAAACCUGAUCUCGUUCAUGAUGAAGGCACAGGGGAAGCCGAUAAUGACAUAUCGGCCGUUGAACAAGAAUACAUUAGUGAUUUCUUCCCCUACCAUGCGGGUGUGGUGAAAGUGGGGUCGGAUGCUGAUGCUGUGGGUGGUGAAUAUGAACUUCUCGUAAAUAGUUCCCAUUCAGCUGCUCAUGUAUCCCCAGGCCACUCCCCCCUAGACUUUGAGGAGGAUCAUUUUUCCAAAAAGUCUGCCGUUGGAGGUACAGCCCAUAGAUGGGAUGCGUCACGGAACACAUAUAACCUGACGAAUGAAGCCUAUCUGCAGGACAGUCCUCUUAGGGUAAGGGUUCGAGAUGUCCAUGUCAUAUGGAAUUUAUAUGAUGGAUACGACUGGUGGCGAACCAGAGACACUAUCUCCAAGUCUGUUAAGAAUUUGCAGUCCCGAGCCAUCGAGAGGAGAGCUAGAGCAGCAAAUAGACGAUUGUCGCGUGACCCUGAGGAAGAAAUGGAACCGACCAUCGACGACUUUCUGUUCAAUUCUGUAUACAUUGAAAUCCCGUCAAACAAAGAUCCCCGAGAUCUUACCCAUGACAUCAACCGCAAUAUUGAUGGCUUAAGUGAGACGGGGAGCUAUGCAACCACGUCAACUUUGACGGGAACGUCUACCCAGGAUGGGACUGGCGUUGCUGCAGACGUGGUUGUCUUCCCAUCCAGUUCUGGGGAGACCCAGAGCUCUAUUGACGUUCGGAUUCAUGAUUUAGAAAUCUUCGAUCAUAUGCCAACAUCAACAUGGAGGAAGUUCGCCACAUAUAUGUAUGAUAUGGGCGAGAGAGAGAUUGGCACGAGUAUGAUACACAUUGAGAUACUAAAUGUGAAACCAGUAGCGGAGCUCGCUGCAUCCGAAAUUAUUUUAAAGGCAACCGUUCUACCUCUCCGUCUUCACGUUGACCAUGAUGCCUUGGACUUUAUGACCAGGUUUUUCGAGUUCAAGGAUGAAGCUGCUAGCAAGGCCGCAUCGGCUCCUGGAGAAUUACCCUUCUUGCAACGGGUGGAAAUCAACCCUAUACCGAUACGACUUGAUUUCAAACCUAAAAGGCUUGACUAUGCUGCCCUUCGGUCAGGCCGAACAACCGAGUUAAUGAACAUCUUCGUUCUAGAUGAAGCGGACAUGGUUCUUCGUCAUGUCAUAAUAUAUGGUGUUUCUGGGUUUGAAAAGCUCGGGAAGACGUUGAACGAUAUUUGGACGCCUGAUGUACGGAAUAACCAACUUGGAGGCGUCCUCUCUGGACUUGCACCCGUUAAAUCUCUAGUCACUCUUGGUAGCGGCGUCAGAGAUCUGAUUGUAAUCCCGAUAAGGGAGUACAAGAAAGAUGGCCGAAUCGUCCGAGGGCUUCAAAAGGGUGCAUUGUCGUUCGCAAAAACCACGACAAGUGAGCUGAUAAAAAUUGGUGCUAAAUUAGCGAUUGGAACCCAGAACGUGCUGCAAGGGGCAGAGGGCUACCUCAAUGGCCCUGGAGCCGGGUCUUCUGGCCGAGCAGUUCAGUCGUCCACUACCGAAGGACCCGAUGAUGAUGACGAGCCAAUUGAUGUAGGCGCGAAGCAGCAGAUCUCCCUUUAUGCUGACCAACCGGUUGGCGUCGUCCAAGGUUUGCGUGGAGCAUACGUGGGUCUUGAGCGUGACCUCAGCGUUGCGCGAGAUGCCAUUAUCGCCGUUCCUGGAGAAGUGAUGGAGACUGAGAAUGUCACUGAGGCAGCUAAGGCAGCGUUAAGAAGCGCACCGACCAUCAUACUUGGUCCCGCCAUCAGUGCUGCAGGUGCAGUUGGUAGGACCCUUCUGGGAGCCAGGAAUACUCUAGACCCAGAGAACAAGAGACGAGCAGACGAGAAAUAUCGAUCUCUUUAA